UUUGACCGUGACCGGCCGAUGCUCGAUAUUAGUGGACCUUUGCUCUUAAUUGUUCUUAUUUCACAGCUGGUGGGCUACAAGAAGCAAGAAGUCAUACAUCAAUUCCCGCUAUGCAGGGGGAUUUUUUUAUAGGUGCUAACGAGUGAUUCCAAUUAAACGAGGGCUUUUCCUAAUCCAAAGUGGACUUUAAUUAUGAUUGCAUAGUUAAACAUAAUUGGUGUGUUACGUUGCCCAUGACGUUUAUUACUAUCGAGUUGAAAAAUGAUAAGUGGUUCUCAUACGUUGACAAGUCGUCAUGUAAGCUCUGGGCCGACGAAGGACCGAUUGUGUUCACCUAACAAAACAAAUACAGCUUGCUGUGCUCGUGGUAAAGGAGGCAAGGGGCUUAGUAGAGUGAACGUAGCUUAACGUCUAUUUGUAUAGUCGUGUUAUUUAGAAUAUAGGAUUUGAAUCUCCGAAGAAUUACAAAAUUCGACGUGGAUUCAAAUAUCCAAGGACAACUCCUAAAUUUAAGAAUUCAGAGGAAAUUGAAACUACAAAUUUGACAAAAAAGCUAUGGGACACCUUUAUUCCUGACUGGCUCGUUACCCGGAAACGAGGAAGACAACAAUUGCAAGGGAAGAAAUCGGAUUUGAAUCGCGGUUUUCAUUGCUGGGAGAAUUCCUGUGUAGUUUAACUAAAGAUCAUGAAUGCUACAGACAAUGUGACAAAUUCCAAGGGUUUUGACCCCCCAAAUAAUGAUAAACAACCAGUUAUCGAAACGGUUAUUGCAUCAGGUAUUUUAAGUCUUAUAAUCGCUGGUGGAAUCGCUGGAAAUCUUUUAAUCCUAACUGCUAUCUAUCGAUACUCGAGUCUACGAACGAUGACAAACGUCUUUGUCGCUAAUCUCGCCGUGGCAGAUCUACUAUUAUCAGUUCUGGCUAUGCCAUUUACAUUAACUUCAUCUAUCACUGAAGAUUGGGUAUUUGGAAACACGAUGUGCAAACUCCACGGGAUUCUUAACUCUCUAUUUUGUGAAGCUUCAAUUCUUACGCUCACAUUUGUGAGCCUGGAAAGAUUCAUCGCUAUAAUUUAUCCCUUACAGUACCAUACUUUGAUAACUCCAUUUUCGGUGAAAAUUAUGCUGUGUUUUAUUUGGUUCCAGGCAAUUGUUUGUGCGAGUUCUCCCUUUCUGUUUUCGCGUUACACGUUCCUAUGGUAUGAGCAUUUGUGCACUAUUGACUGGGCAUUCAAGCCUAUAUAUUCACUAACCUUUACUAUUAUAUUUUUCUUCUUACCGUUUCUAAUUAUGAUUAUUUUUUACGGGUCAAUUUUACGGACCGCUCUUAAGCAAAGGAACAAGAUUUCUGGUGUCACCCUGGGAGAAUUUCAAACAGAAUCGAGUUAUCUUAAAACUUUGUCUGUGAAGAAGGACGAUUCAAAUAACUUAAGGAAAAUCAAGAAAGAAAACAAGGCUACUAUUAUGAUCGCAAUUGUGGUUGGAACCUUUUCUGUUUGUUGGUUCCCGCAUGCAACUGGGGUUUACUGCCUUCUUACUCAAAACUGCAAAUGGGGAAAGCCUUUUUUUGUCAUUACUACUUGGUUAGCCAUGUUGAACAGCGCACUAAACUCGAUUAUCUACGGUUUGAUGAACACAAGUUUCAGACGCGCCUUUAAGAGUAUUAUAGUCUGUGAUCGUUAUUACAGUGACAACGAUAUAAUUACAGUUGCUGAAAAAUCUAGACGCUCCUAAAAAGCGGUCGUACUAACUCUCUUUCAAAACAUUCAUAACUUUGGCAAAAAGCUCUUAAUUCAAAAGUAUAACUUUCCAUGUUCAGGUUUAUUAGGUUACAUUUACUGAAACAAGCGUUUUCAGUUGGGAUGCGAAUUAAUAUAUGUUAUUAGAAAAUUUGACUAUAGUAUAUUAGAGUUCAAUGAGGAAAAAAAUUAACGAUUCUUUUACUCUUAACGUUUAUUAAGGGCUGCAACUUUCCCUUUCAAAAGCCUUCAACCAAUUUCGUUGUUCAUAUAGCUGCGUUUGAGCUGUUUUCUAUUCUUGUUCAUAGAGAACAAGCUCAAGCCUGUCAUCUUACAGCCCUUCAAGUACCUACCCAAAUAAAUUGAAAUCAAAAUUUUCAAUAUUUAUAAGGUCAAGCUAGAGUCGUCCCAAGCAUUGUUUUUCAAGGAAGGCGUCUCUUCCUGCGAAACGUAAUAAUCUUAAGUCAACAUAAAUAUACCGCAAACUAAUUAAAAACAAACCCUUUAUGAGCUCGAUUGAGUUCGGUUUAAUAAAACGAGAAAAAUAAACAAAUGGAGGAAGACAAAUUAACUCGUAAGAUUUGGGAAGUAUAAUUUCUUUGGACACGGAAAUUGGUGAGCAAUUUUUAAUAAUGACAGACAAUAGCUUUGACAGAAGAAGACUUUUAUUGAUGCAUUUGUUCUUUAAUUUAUUUCGUGUAUACUGGCCCAUUGCACCUGUUCUAAGAAGCAAAUGGGGAUUGGUCAGUUAGUUUUGCUGCUUGAUAAGUAAAAGGUUCAUAGUUUGAUCCUCAGUGACCUCACACACUUGUUUUAAGGAGCAUGCGUGGCUUGUUUGGUUUGUGUGCUGCCUGCUAAGCAAGAGGUCCAUAGUUUGAUCCUCAGUGACCUCACACACUUGUUUUAAGGAGCAUGCGUGGCUUGUUUGGUUUGUGUGCUGCCUGCUAAGCAAGAGGUCUAUAAUUUGAUUCUCAGUGACCUUACACACUUGUUUUAAGGAGCAAGCGUGGCUUGGUUGGUUUGUUAUUUUUAUAUAGCGCCAUUUUCAUUUCUGUCCAAUGGCGCUUUACAAAUUACACUAAAAAUAUGUGGUAAAAUCUAGUAAGACCCAACCUUUACACCGAGUCCCACAUGCGACGAAUCCAACGCAAACGAGCAAAUGUUUCUUAAUUCGUUUGCAUUAAAUUUUYCCCCCAUUGAUGUCUCAAUCAUUCGCGUGAGAUUAAAAACGGCUGCACAUCUAAAACGAAGAUAAAAGCAAAGACAGCCGAAGAACACUUCAAACAAUACUAUCAAAUUUUGGCAUUUCACAAUGACAUGUGACAAACUAAGUACCUAAAUUAAGUGUUUUGGGCUAAAUUGAAAUUCCGAAUUUUUACUUUGAGUUGAUAUUUGCAUUCGUUGUUUGAACUGUGUGGGAUAUUGGCGUCAGUAUAAGGAACUGAAUUAAUACCACGUGAUCUGACUAGGCGCAAAACAUUAUUGGCUUAUCGAAAUCAAUCCCAUCAAUCAUCGCACGCUUAGUUCGAAUUUACUUGAGUGUUCUUGGCGGCCAUCUUAAAAAAAUAUGCUGAAUAUAUCUGCGACUUUUUCGCAAAUAAAUUCUUUCUUGUUCAAAACGAGACAAAUAAAUUAAAUUAUGUAC